ACAGAAUUUAAGGUUCUAUCAAAAGCCUGGUCUCGUGGAGCUUGUUUUGCCAACGCUGGCGUGAAGUGACAGGUGCUCAGUAGCACACACCCUUGGUGGUUUGUGUUAUCAGCUUUCAAAUUUGACUUGUGCCAGCGAAAGCGUGGGAAAACACAUGCUCGAAGCAUGCAACAACAAUCUGGAGAUGGCUGUCACCAUGUUUCUGGAUGGUGGAGGCAUAGCAGAGGAGCCAAGCACCAGUUCUGCAGGGGUGUCUUCUGUUCGACCGCACACCGAGUGCUGGUCAGCUUAGUGUUACUUCUAGGAAGAGAGAAAAAUAAAUAUGCAAAUGCAAAAUGGAGAAUAACUAGCUUCACAACAGCAGUCAAAGAUGUGGAGGUUAAUAGCAAGGGAUGAAGUACGAGCUCCAAUUCCUCAAAAACAGGAAAUUUUAGUAGAACCUGAGCCCUUGUUUGGAGCUCCUAAAAGACGCAGACCUGCGCGCUCAAUAUUCGAUGGCUUUCGGGAUUUUCAGACAGAAACCAUUCGACAGGAACAGGAGCUACGAAAUGGAGGGGCAGUAGAUAAGAAACUCACUACUCUAGCAGACCUCUUCAGGCCUCCCAUUGAUCUGAUGCACAAAGGCAGCUUCGAAACGGCCAAGGAGUGUGGUCAGAUGCAGAACAAAUGGCUCAUGAUAAACAUUCAGAAUGUGCAAGAUUUUGCGUGCCAGUGUCUCAACCGUGAUGUCUGGAGCAACGAGGCCGUGAAGAACAUAAUCCGGGAACAUUUCAUUUUUUGGCAGGUGUACCAUGACAGUGAGGAGGGACAGAGGUACAUACAGUUCUAUAAAUUAGCAGACUUCCCUUAUGUCUCCAUCCUGGAUCCCAGGACAGGCCAGAAGCUAGUGGAGUGGCACCAGCUGGACGUGACUUCUUUCUUGGACCAAGUGACUGGGUUCUUGAGUGAGCAUGGGCAGCUGGAUGGGCAUUCUACCAGCCCUCCCCAAAAAUGCUCUCGUUCAGAGAGUCUCAUUGAUGCCAGUGAGGACAGCCAGUUGGAAGCUGCUAUCAGAGCCUCGUUACAGGAGACACAUUUCGAUUCCACACAGGCCAAGCAGGAGAGUCGAUCAGAUGAGGAAUCUGAGUCAGAGCUUUUUUCUGGAAGCGAAGAGUUUAUUUCUGUUUGUGGAUCUGAGGAGGAGGAGGAAUCGGAGAAUCCUGCCAAGUUGAGGAAGUCUCCGCACAAGGACUUGGGGUAUAAAAAAGAGGAGAGCCGGAGGCCUCAGUCUGAACCCCCUGCAAGGACUGAGCCUGGAACAACAUCAAAUCACAGAGUACUGCCCUGCAUUGAUGCAGGGAUACUGGAGGAGUCAGCUGACAAGCCUGAAAGUACGUUGCAGGGCCUAGAUGUGAAUGGACCAAAGGCACAGCUGAUGCUAAGGUAUCCAGAUGGAAAGAGGGAACAAAUUUCACUGCCCGAACAAGCUAAACUUCUGGCUCUUGUGAAACAUGUGCAGUCAAAAGGAUACCCCAAUGAACGCUUUGAACUUCUCACCAACUUCCCUCGAAGGAAACUCUCCCACCUGGACUAUGAGAUCACAUUACAGGAGGCAGGCCUGUGUCCUCAAGAGACUGUCUUUGUGCAGGAAAGGAAUUAGCACCGUGGCCUGAGUUCUCCCAGCCUUCCUCCCCUCUCCUCUUUGCCUAGGACACCAACUCAUUGAAUAUGCAGUUGAGGGUCAUAGGAUUGCAGUGCUGAAAUCAGGCAGGCAGCUGGCUGGCCCUUCUCUCUCUCUUCUUCCCUUCUCCUUGCUCUUGUGACCAAAUGAGAGUGUUCAGAGUUUUAUUUUUGUUCUCAGCUUGGGCCCUGCAGAGAGCAUUGGGAAGAACAUCUUUCCUUUGUUUUCAUGGAAUAAAGUAAAAGAAUUAUCUGUGUAUCCAA